AUGGCCGGAAAUUACCCUGUCUUCGAUGAAGGCAGCGGGGCACUCUUUUGCCAAAAGUUUCUGGACCACUUACUCUUUGGGAUCACCAUCAGAAGUACGGGCAAUUUUGGUGGUGCAGUCUAUGCUAUCGCAUCUCUCAUAAAUCUUAUCCCCCUGGUUGUGGCAGUCGUGUUUAGUCAGUUUCCAAGAAGGAUAUGGUCGCUCGUGACGUCGCUCGUCUUGAGUCUCUGUCUCUCCGUGACAUACGGACUUUUGGCUCGAGCGGGAGAACGCUAUAAGAGAUCUUCCAAAGUGGGCUCCAGAGGUGGUGCCAGCUCCACAAGGCGGUGUCCGACAGCAGGGGCUAUCGGGGCUGUCUUGUUUCCUGUCAACAAGGGUCCGUGCGUGCAGGCAGCCAUUCAGCUUCUCGCACUGUCUCUAGCGGUGAUCUUCCAUAUCGCUGUUUACUUCGGUGUAGCAGAGCGUUGGGUCGGUGUCUUUGUCGCAAUGCUAUGGGUCCCGGCACUCAGGGGUUUGGACUCUGCCAUGAAUGUUUUCACACCAGCACAGCUGUUUGAAUGCUCCUUCACCAAUCUGUUCUAUACCUUUUGCAUCUUUAUUCCCAACAUAAUAUUUCUAAGUGAUAAACCUCGUGAGCUUGUUGCUCAAGAUAUAAAGUGGUUUAAUGUGGCCUAUGCACUUAUUCCUCCCCUCUCUUUUUUCGGGGUCCUCCCACAGUUCCGCUGCCUGCUCUUGUAUGUCAUUGAUUUAAUCUGUAGGAUCGUCAAGCUGCCCACUUUUGGCGGUUGGUCUAUCCUUCUAUUUCCGAGUGUAUUGUUAGCAAUAGUCGGUACUAAUUUUCUCUCCUUUGUUCCAGGCGUCUUCUUUGUCCUCAUGAAUGUUAAGUAUGGUACGCUUAAGAGCUAUACAGCGCGCAUCUUCAUUCGGUUUGCCUUUGCAAUUCUAGCGGCAGUUGCAUCAAUUACAAUCUUCUGUUUGCUUUUGCUAGCUGAUAUACACAUUAGCCCGUUGCCAUCUCAGGUCAUUACUAUGUGGUCCUCUCAUAUCAAGUUUCUUGUUCCACUCGGGAUUGGCGCUGGCUGUUACUUGCUGUUUCAGCUGGGGUCUUUGUUUGCGCGUAAGCGACGUAUACAGAGUCGCAUAUACGCCAUAAUUAAUCAUAUUUCCGGAGUAGCUAUUCUUAUUCUAGGAAUUUUUGACGGCAUUGUCUCGAUUUCUUCAUAUACACAGUCUACCAAAGAGUCCAGCUUAAUGACCCUAAACCUAGAGGCUGGCACAAUCCACGCCCUGUCGCUGCUUCAUCUUACUGUGUCUGCAUGCACAGAUCCAGCAGCUCUCUAUGUAUCUCUCCUACUCGGUGGUCUCAUCCUAACGAUAGUACAACUUGCGCUAGGGUCAUCAUCUAACAACUUCAGCUCUCUGCCUUUAGAACUGCGGCCUACAAAUCUUCCAGCAAUAGCUGUCUCUGCGCUUGUGGGAGCAGUUGCGGACGGGUUCCUCCACCGGCUCACUGUAGGUAUCAACAUGUAUAUCUCUGUGGCCAAGUUUGCAUUUUCUAAGCCACGCACGGGUUGGAGAAAGGUCAUGCUCUACUUGCUGCCCAUACUAAUUCCGUGGAACAUGCUCGUCCUUGUACUCUCAUCACUACUCAACAUCCCCCCGCUUCCAAUUGGAGGCACACCGAUUUUGGUACCAUCUUACCCUCGGUAUUCUCAGUUCUUCUACAGCUCUGUUGAUAUUAAUCUCACCUUUGGGGACUAUAUGAAGACCGUUGUAUCCACAAUUCUCGACAACGAUGGUCGACUGAAGCCAGAGGAUACAGAUGACAUUAUGUUCUAUGACUCCGCACUGCAAAGCCUCAGUGGAUGGAGCCAGGACAUGAGUUCAGAAGCCAGCUUUUGCUGCCUGUUUAGAUCGAAGCUGGACUCUGGGGCAUUGGGUACUCAGGGGACCAUUCUUCCUCUCCUUACACCUAUUGGGUAUGGCGGCAUGCGACCGGGUGAUGUUGUCGUCCUUCUCAGCGGUAAAAACAUGCUCAUCCUUCGCUCUAUGGGGAUGCUAUCCUUUGCAACUGGUGUCCUGUGCAACGUUACGGCGCUGGAAACAAAGGAAACCUCGUGCCAUACCGUGGAGAGAGUAAGCCUGGAAGAGCUUUAUAACGCAGCAACUCGCCGUGAGCGUAAGGCCAAACCAGGGAAGAAGGCUGCCACUGAGAUGCAGGCAAGCGUUACAUCUCCUAAUGCAGAAGCCCUGGAACACGCAGAUGUUGCUGUCAAUCCGGUCGCUAGUGGCAGAAAAUCUGCUUCAGCAUCUACAAGGAAGUGGUACUGGCUACCAAGGUAUAAGUUUUCUCUUAUGACUGACGACUAUACCUAUCAGGAUUACAGCUUGGCUGGAGUCUUUUCCCAUCCUGACUCUCGACGGGGUCUUGUGGACCUAUUGCUCAAGUUCAUAUUUGUCUUUGCCAUAUCGUCUACUGAUGAUAAGUUGUGCCAAGUGAUUACUAAGUUAGCCAAAUGCUAUGAUCAUUGCUUUUCUGGAAAUGUAUACAAAAAUUCAAAUCAGGAGACUAUCAAUGCGUGUUUGAUGACGCACUACAAGGAUCUAGAGGAAAGCGCAACUACGGACACACGUAGACGAGAAGUGCUCAAGGCCUCUAUCUUUUUAUUCCACUGUAUCUCUCCGCGUGGUUGGGACAUUAGAGAAGCAGAUAUAUACCAACUAUUUAACGGAGCCUAUAUUCUACAACGGGCCUUUGUAUUUUCACCGCUGGCGUCCAGCAAUCUAACAGCCAUGUCUCACUCUGCAGUUGCUGUUGAAGAAAUGGCUAUGGAAUCUCCUUCUAGAAAGCAGCCAACUGAAACGCCUGUAGCUCACGGUCGCAGCAACAAGAGUGCUAUAGGGAACAAUACCCCAAUGGCUCCGCAUAACAUUGCCAAUGACAUUGCGGAUGAGCUGGCUGAAGUAGGCCUGGACGCAGAAGACGUUUCCGUUGACCUGGGCUCCAUCGCCCAGAGUCGUCUUGAUGCCCAUAAUAGAGCUCUUGAAGAGGGCUCUGCGCGUCAAGAGCUCCCCUCAUUUUCACCGCCUCCUUCACAAACUCAGCUGGCCAGUGUAGACACCACCAGCUUCGAACCAAUCCCACUAGCCUCUAUUGGGGCAUCUCCUUUCAAUGUAGAUCAGGUCUCGCCUUUCGGAGCAGCGUAUGGAUCAUCUUCGUUUAGCGCCCUUCUUAUCUCUGUCCUUGAUACUGCCCCAUCACAGAUUGACCCUGACGAUCAAGAUGUGGCAAAGACACUGGGGGUGAAGGCCAUGAAGCAUGCCAUAGAACACAGCAUUCAGUGCUUAUCCAUUGGCGACUCUCUCCCCUCUACUUUAUCUGAGGCAGAAACCGUAGUAUAUGAGCAACUCACAGAAGUAUACAUAGAUCAAGGAGACAAGCGGCAAUGGAGAACAACGCUUAUGGAGAAAAAGCUGAAGAGGCUCUUCACCAUCAAGCCUGGUCCACGGGCGUACUCAUACUCACACAGCAAGGUUCAGUGGGACGUCUAUACGUAUCCAUCGUUUGCCUGUGAGAUGAUCUGGGCGACAAUUCAAGCAGAUCUACUUGUUUUUGCGUCUGGUGACGAAGAACGGUUCAGUGUUCAGUCCCUGCCUGCAGUUCUUCGCAACUUAUUCUGCGAGGCUGCAAGUGCACCGUAUGGCUACCCUCUUCGGCAUUAUGGCCUAAUGGAAAUCUAA